AUGCUUGUGAGCAUUGUGGAGAUCGAGAUCCUGCUCAGCUUCUCGUCGCUUUCUUUUGCAUCCGCCGCAGCCCGCUCGCUACCCAGCUACCUCUGCUGUGCCACGCGAGCGAGUCUCGUCCACGAUCGCAGACCACCCCGGCCCAUACGUGCCAAAAGACUCACCAACUGA